AUGGCUACCAACCCGUGCUGCACUUGUAAGAUUGGACCUUCUAUCUUGAAUGCCGAUCUUUCGUGCUUAGCAGAUGAAUGUAAUAGGCUGUUAGAAUGCGGUGCAGACUACCUACACCUGGACGUCAUGGAUGGGUAUGUGUACCCAAUAUAGCUGGCAUUAAUGACGACUAUAUGAUGUCAGUGGAAAGAAUCCUGUAGUUAGUGAUUAUGAUCACGUUGAUCAAGGCGAACUGUAAUAUUUCUGAUGAGAUGAUCUAAUCGCGGAUUUAUUUACAAGAUAAGUUAAUCUGGAUAUGCUACCAUCAUUUGGUGGCUGUCAUGGGGCAAAGGGCCCGGGAGUAUGUUUUGCGUUCGGUAUACGCAUGGUUCUAAGAGAGGUCUUCCAAUACUGGUAAUUUACGGGGGUAGGCUCGAUUCGAGAAACACUUUGAAAUUUUUAGGAAGCCCGCAGGUUUUUUCAAUUUUAAGGGGUUAUUUUCUCACAAGUUUCAGUUUAAAUCAAAGUGUUAAUCAGUAUGGCUAAAACUUGUAAUUUAUUCAUGUAAACCAGUACAGCAUUCUGUGGUGUUCUUGUUCUCAAAAAAGUUCUUAUUACUUUUUGGCUGUUAGCCAUUUUGUACCCAAUUUAACUUUUGGUGCUCCAUUGGUGAAAUGCUUGCGAAAGAAAGUUCCAAAUGCCUUUUUUGGUAAGUAAAAAAACUUUCCAAUACCAUGACAUUUUAUUAUUUAGAAAAAAAAAUUUGAAUGAAUUAGUAACAUUUCUUCAGAACUGCAUGUUAUGCCCUGGUAUAUAGCAAAAGGAUAAACCUUAACCCAAUAACCAACUUAAUCAAAGCUAUAACAAAAUUAUUGAAGGUGAUUGGUUAUCACCAGGCCAAAUUGAGCACUAAUAGGACAGUUUACCCAUCAUGCUUGUAAUUGAACAGUGUACUAGGACAGUUAACAGGACAGUUAACACAUCAUGCCUGUGUAAGUAGACAGAAUGCAUCAUGUGUGGCGCUGUUGUCUCACAUUUUGCCAAGUUAACUGCUUUUUUUAUUAAAACAUAUAAUGGAUGUCUAGUUUCUUUCUCAAAUUUUGUCAUAGUGUUGAUUAGUUGGUAACAGGACUUUGUGUCAUCCAACUUUGUCUGUAAUCAUAUGGUGAUUAGCAAAUCAGACUGCCACUUUGCAGUCGUCUAAUUUUGUUAAUCACUAGAGUGAUUACAGACUGGAUUGGACUCCACUUCUGGUCUCCUUUUUUAUUUGUGUCCUCAUAGCCACCACAUGGUUCUUCCCCCUCUAUUUACAGCUGUUCUAUGGGACAAAAUAGACACAUAAAACAGAGUGAUAAUUUUGUGAUUACAAUAUAACUACUUAUGAACAGUUUUGAUCUUGCAAGUUACCGACAGAGGUGGUCUUUCAACAGUAACUGUAACAUUGUAUAUGAUUUGUAUGAUCAAGUUUUUUUUCAUUUCAAAUUGCUCUAUUUAAAUUUGAAUGUUGUAAAAAAAGUAUUUUUUUACAAACAAUGUUUAUUCUUGAUUAUGUCAGAUAUGCAUAUGAUGGUUGCCAAUCCAGAGAAGGUAAUGUACUAUCUGAGAACUUUUUAGGGAAUUGUUGUGUCAAAGUACAUUUUAAAAUCUUUAAUUUAUUUAAUUUAAAAUUGUUUGGUAGAUUAAAAUAAAAGAAGUUGCAAGAAAUUUUUUCUACCAUUUAAGACCUUACUAUUCUGUGUUUAGUGGGUAGAUGACAUGGCAGAUGCUGGUGCCGAUCAAUACACUUUUCAUUUGGAAGCAACAGGUACAAAAAUGAAGAUAAAUCAUUUAUGCUUUUUUGUGAUAAAAUCAAGUAAUUAAACAGUUAUUGACUAGAAUCAUAAAUUGAAAAAAGAGUCCAAUAGGUAACCAAUUAUAAAUCCAUAUUGAUAAAUGAAUCUUGAUUGAGGUGAAGCUAAGUAUUGAGUUCAUCAUUGUUUAUUGCUUGUGUUGUCAGAAAAACCAGUUGACUUGAUAAAUCAAAUAAAGAAGGCUGGAAUGAAGGUAAUAAUAUUCAACUUUUUGGAAAUCAUACCAUGUACAAACCAGUUUGCAUUGUUUAUCAAUAUUAAUUAAGUUAAUAUUUAAGCAUCAGUAAUAUUUUAUUUUAAUAAUUUUCAGAUUAUUUGUUACCCCAAUUUCUUAUUCUUGUGGAGACUUACACAGGAGCUUUCCCAUGGACAAAAAAGCAUAUAGUCCAGAUGAUCAUACAAACUGCUUUAUUUUGAGUCAGCAUAAUGCAAGGGAAGGCAUUAAUUUUGUUUGGUAUUCAAUUACCAAGUUUGAAAGAAUUGCUUCAAGCUGCUUGAGGUUUCUAGCUCUCUCCUAAGUUUUUUGGGAAAGUUGGUGGAAAACUGACCGAAACUCCGACUCAUGAUGAUUCUUUUGAGGAUCAUUGUUUUUAAAAUCAGUAACCAUAUAUUAAGUACAAGGUACUCUCACUCUUGCACUUUGAAUUAAGUUUCUCUUACACCUACCAUUAGGGUCUUUUUUAAUGGUAAGUAGUGCUUUGUCUAAUGGAACCAAAGUAAGCUAUAUAAUGUUGUAAAUAUGUGACUGCUGAACAUUUUCUGUGUUUUUUUGUUUUGUUUUUUUUGUAAAGGUUGGUAUUGGAAUCAAGCCUAACACACCAGUUGAAGCUGUCUUGCCAUUUGUGGAGCUGGUGGAUAUGGUUCUUGUGAUGACAGUGGAGCCUGGAUUUGGUGGACAAAAGUUCAUGGCAGACAUGAUGCCAAAGGUAAAUUAAGAUUGAAAUGCAUUUUAUUAUUUAAUUUCAUGCAGGAAAUGAUUUAUGUUAUGGUGUACUUUUAAUCCUUUAACUCUUAGAAGUGAUUAACAUGAAACUUCUUCCUACAAUAUCCAAACAUUAUUCAGCAAACAGGUAAUGAGAAUAUUCCAACUUAUCAGGUAGAAGUUGUUAUCUUGAUCUAGCACCAACUUUAACACUGAAGGGUCAAAGAAUGUAGGCCUAUAGAAGAAACUAGGAAAUGUGUGGAUCACUGAUGGGAAUGAGUUUGUGACCUCUCAGACUAAUACAGAAAAUGUGGAAAACUUUUGUGUACUCCCUCAAGGCUUUUUUUUCUAGCUUAAAAACGUAUGAAUUUUAAUGAAAAUGAAAAUCUUGAGGGUAACAUGGUCAGAAAUGUGGUCAGGAAGAAUUGGUAUGCAUUGAAAUUGGUUUGUUCCAAUGAAAAAUCAUGUCAUUAAGUUUUAAAAAACUAAAUGUUAAAUUUGUACCUUAUUAGUUCUUGUCGUCUAUAGCCAACACACCAGCAAUAAAUUGAAGAGGAGUUAAAUUUCCUGAUGAUUUGACCAAACUCUUCUAUUUACAUGUCAUAAGAAAAUGGUGUAAGAACCUACUUGCAAUUACAUUUCAACUCGACCUCACACCUUUUUUAAAAGUUAAACUUAUGUGGAUAACUGCCUGGACUGGGGCUAGCAGGGGAUUGGUUUUUACAUCCUGCUCUUUUUUAAGAAUUAUUUCUAAGGGACUACAAAAGUGCUACUGAAAAGUUACUCAGGUUGUUAGUUGUCAAUUAAAUUUUUUUUGGCAGGUCAAACACUUAAGAACCAAUUACAGGGUUUUGGACAUUGAAGUUGAUGGAGGAUUAGGAAUUCCUACAAUUGAAGCUGCAGCUCAGGUAGCUAAUGAUACUGUAACAGCUUUAAUGUUCAUACAAUGCAAUUACUGAUGACCCCAAAAGUUAACUUACUGCCAAGUGAGAUGAGGAAAUGGUUUAUACAAUGUACAGUGAAAAAAGCCCUAAUUCAGGGCUCCAAGCUCAACCAUUGUCAAAGUCAAUGUUAUUUUAAUGAGUAAUGAUGACCCAAAAUCUUGUUGUGCAAAUGUCUAUCUCAACUUCACCUUCUACCACAAUAUUUUUUUACAGAUGAAAACAUUAUCAAUAGCUUGCAACAUGGCUGUUGAACACAGGUAGCCAAUUUGGGGUCUUAAGCUGAUUAAGAAGUUGCUAAAGUUGUCUUUUAUAAAGCCAAGAUGACUAUUGGUUACGGCUUUGAGCUCUGGCAUUUUACCUUGAGUUUAAAAAGGUAAACAUAAGAAUUUAUUGUGUUUCUUAGGCUGGGGCAAACAUGAUUGUAUCUGGUAGUGCCAUCAUUAAAAGUGAUAAACCAAAGGAAGUGAUUGAUGCCCUGAGAGCAACCACUGAAAAAUGGAUCAAGAUUAACAGUGAAGCAAGUCAAUGAAUGAUUCAGUUUAUCAGCAACAUUUAUAGGGAAUUUUUUAGCAUUGGAUUUUGUUAAUGAUGACCAAUGGUCAUGUAUUUAAUUGGAACAUUUUGUAAUGAUUUUAUUAAGCUGCAAAAGUAUUUCAUACAAAAAUAGUUAGAUUGCCAAGCAUUAUUGUAACAAUUUUUCAUAUCCAUGUUAGGACAUUUUUUGUUUUUCAUUUGCAUGUAGCUGUGUAGGGGUACAUACACUUAUCCUUUAUUCACCAACAUGCUCCAAAAUUGCACUCCAAUGUCUAGUGUCACAUAUUUGUCUGUUUUAGACAAUCCACCCAUUUCACUCAAUACAAAAGUUUUAAAAUGGAGAACUUAAGGUUGAAUUUAAAAUUGGAAGCCUUCUUUAUAAAAAAAAAUAUUUGACAAUUCUCAAACUGACGAUUAAAGGAGGGCAUGAAAAGGGCUUAUUUAUAAUAUGUGACUUCAGCUAGACUGCUUAAUUCCUAUGAAGUGUCCCUUCUAUUCCUUUUUCAAACCAUGGGAGAAGUAAAUAUUGAAUCAAAAUAAACAUAUGAUCUUUUUUCUCCACACUCAAUUAAUUUAUUGCACACUGGAGAAAACUCAGACCAAAAUUUGCACACGUACAUUUAUUUAAUCAUUAUCACCCGUGUCAGCAAUUUUCACAAUUAUGUUCUCUUACAAAUAGUGCAAAAAACAUCAAUGGGAAUCUAGAACACAACAAUACUAAUUAAAACGCUACAAUACAUAGACGAAGAAAGUUCAGUUGUCUGACUUGUUCACCACUUGUUGUAAAACCUCAGUUUAGUAAUGGAUCAAACUCUGUCUCCUUUAUAAAUUUAAGUGUAAAGACAAACAAAUGCACAGAUACAACUGUUUACAGUCAUCUCCAUUUGUUCAGCAUAUCUGAGAUAUUUUAAUGAAGACAUUUAAAUACAGGUACCCAUUUAUAAAUUAAGUACAUGUUUGACAAAGCUGUUUGAGAAGAUGAAAACUACCUAACUACUUUGAACUAUUGUUAUAAAUUAUGAGACGCAUCUUUUAAAAAUAUUAUUUCCUUUUGACUGAAGGCCACAGAUUUAUGGUUUAGGC